AUGAAUCACCAACACAGACGAUGGCCAUUAUCAGCGCAGGGUGAGCGACCUCGAUUGUCAUUGCAGACAGCCUCACCCACUGAAAACUGUCCCGGGCUGCCCCCAUACCCCGUCAAUGACCAGGAUGCCCGUUUACUUGUUGCGUCAAAGCUAUGGGGUGAACAGAGGCGAUUUUCAGAUUCUUUCUCUCAAAUGUCCAACGAAGCCCUCUAUCACGAGUCGUUGGACAAGUUGAACCUCUCCUGCCGCACAGGCUUAAGCUUCAACUUCAGAGAACAAACCGAACAGGAAGCGCAAUUUGUGGUUGAUCUCGGCGGAAGUGUCACACAUAUCCCGUCCCCACAACCAUCCCCGACAUUUAAGCCGGCAGGUUUACCAUCCAGGGCUGCCCUAACUUACACACCUGCCAACGCCAAAACAUAUCCUUCUGCGGAGUGGGAACUCACCAACGACAAACCCCAAGCGAAAGGAGAUGGAUUCAUGCUGUGGAAGGAAUACGCGCCAGUGAUUCUGACGCGCCGUUCUUCCUCACUCCAGUCAGAAAGAGAGCAGGUCCUCGAUGCAGUAUCUAGUCUCGGCUUGAAGGGUCCUGUCAAAGGCCUUGGGAAGCUGUCAAGGCCGGUUCUGAACAAGUACUACCGCACAGAGCAAGCACUGGCAGAGUUCCUGAUUAAGCAAGAUCGCGUCCUACUCCGUCCGCUGCCUUCGCCAGAGACUGGGCAAAGAGAGCUGGAACGCCUAGAAACCGACCUAUUCGACACAUCAAAAUAUAUGGGUAGCACAAAUUAUAUGACCGUACUCACCUGGUCCGACGACAACCCAUGGGGAACCAUCACACUAUUCCAAGUCGAGACCCCACUGAUGGGCUCCGUCAGCCAAGGGGGGUAUCUGGAAUCUCAACGCCGGAAACCGCCAAACCUCCAUGUCCAUGUUCGGGAACCGUUUGCAACAAAGAUAAAACCAGUGGCAGCGAUGGAACACAUACCCCAGCAGGUCCUCGUAAACAUGCGCAUGGAUACCGCGAUACGGAAGUUGGUUUUGGUUCACGAGCAAAACAGCCAGCGAUUUCGCUGGAUGGCCAAGGGCGAAAUGGGCCACCCCUCCUAUGCAACCCUAUACCGGCCUGACAUGACGGUGCCUAUUGCCGUACAAAGGAGUCUGUACGAGCACUUGGAUGCUGAUGAAGCAGCUAUUCUUGGCCACCACUCACAGCGCCGACCGUCCUGCCUCAGUCCACAAGCUGCCUACCAAGAUAGGCAAGAGGUCACAGCGGAUGGCAUCGUAGCCACAAUCCCACAGUUUCUCGCUCUUUUACACUCGACUCAGUCAAUUGUAGAAGUUGCUUCCUCUCCCAAGCUAUCCGACGAGGAGAGGGUGGAGACGACAUCAGGUGAACGCUUCCGGCGGUGCUCCAUGAAGCAGCCGCUCCAAGGGAAACGGCAUACUGGGAGGGAUGUUCACGUCGUGGUGCUGUUGCCAGCUUCUCGUUCCGCGUGGGUGGAGGAGAAACUUUUUUGGACAGACGAGCAAGGGCACCUUGCCGAGUUCAGGCAGAAACGAUACAAGUCGGUAAUAGAUAGAGAACGGGACAGGAGAAGGGGAAGAUGUUUUGGCGAGUUUUCGGGGAGAAGGGGCAGAAGCCCGGGCGUUGGGGAGAUCCGGAGUCCACCGUUGAGUGCUACCCUAUGCGCAAGGGACUCGGUAUGGUAUGAGUGA